AUACGCAGUGCUAAUAAUAAACGAAGUGUAAAAGGCCAUAAUUUGUGCAAUAAUUGAUAUAUUACUACCAUCAUCCAGAGUCCAAACACCAGAGCGACUGCGUGCAGUGAACGAAAAACCACAAAAAGAGAAAUGAUACGAGGAGUCAUUUGAACUUGAACGGGGCGAAGAAAAUUGAGUGAUCCACCUGAAUUCACGCCGAGUUAAAAACCAAAACCGCAACAACCAAUAAGCAGCAUGGCAGUCUGCCGACAGCUAACAUUCGCGCUGUUUUUCGUCUGCUCCACACUUGCUGUAGAAGUUUCCCACCACAACGGCUUGGAAGCCGGUUCUGAUGGAGAAAUCACCAACACAGCAAAGCCACUGCUGGAUGAUGAAGUACUACCAAAGUUGCACCGCCAGAAACGACACGACAUAGAGAUACAUCGCGUCAUCAAACGAAGACCCAAGUUACCUCCGCCACGCCGAAAGCCAAGACCACCACGGAGGCCACCAAAGCCGAAGGUCAAGUAUGGACCACCAAACGUCAACUACCCACCGCUGACACAUUAUAAGCCACAUGGCUAUGAAGAUACGUUCAGCACUAGUUACGAAACAUCUUACACUGAUCAAAAUUCCUUCGGUGAGCCACCGGCCAGCUACGGAAAACCGAUUCAUCCGUCACCAACAUUUGGAUCGCCACCAUUUGCCUAUGGACAGAGUUCAAUUUCUUACCAGGGGUCUUCUUUUGGCAAACCAAGUUUCGAUGAGGCCAGUUUCGAAGGAUUUGGUAAACAAGUUUAUGGUGGUUCAAGUGAUUUGGAUGAGUUUCCCGGAAUUAUAGAAGGUCCCACGCGAACAUACUCAUCAAACAGAAUUCCUAAUUUUGGUGGAUCACCCUCGAUACCCUCGCAUGUUCACAGUAAGUCACCCUCUUAUCAGCAACCGUCAUCAUUCCUGGAAAAUAGGCCUAGCUUCACUUCCCAUAAAGAACCACCCAGCUACACCCGGCUAACAGAGGUUGAUAAUCCCCAGCACCAAUUUCCUCUCGAAGGUUAUAAUAAAGACCCAUACAGAACACCAUUAACCUCCUACGAAGUCCCACUGACCCAACAAAAACCUCAACUAUUUGAACCAACUAAAGAUUUCGAUUCGUCCUACAAAAAGGGGGCAAAUUCAUAUCCCCCUACCAGCGUAGUUUCAACCCACAGUACGUCACACAGUAGCACAGACAGUGACGAGGAGGACUAUUACCCAAGUUUACCGAAUCGCUAUGAGCAAGAGCAGUUCCACAAUCCCUCGAAACAAAAUCCAAACAAGACCCCGUCCAACUCUAUUCAAACUAUCAACGACAACGAUCCAUUUACCAGCUUCAAUACGUACUACGAUGGAGUUUCAGAAUCUCAAAAAGUAUCCGUCAAAACAAAAACCAAUAAGGAUAACUUCUCGCUAGAAGAAUUUUACUCGGCCACACCACCGUCGUCAAAGCGUACCAAAACCACUCGUCGCAAGAAGAAACCGAAGCCCGCCAACACGCCAGUGGCUCACAAUCUCGACACGGACGACUUACGGGAUGCGUUCGGCUCAAGUUCCGACUUCCAUCAGGUGGCCAUCGACGCCGAUGAGUUCCUGGAAUUUGAACCGCAAAAACAGAUGAAACACUCGAAACCACUGGGAGUGACGAUGACUCGCAACGAAUCUCCAGCCAACUUCGUGUUGCUUUCUUCACAAAAUAGACAAAAAGAAAACAAUCAACCAAAUUACAGGACACCGUCCAGCAAUCCAAACUAUCAGAAAAAUCUUUCCGCGCUACCAGCAUCUGAUUACAAAACCUUGGACAUUAACUACUUCAAAUCGGUGGAAGCAAAGAAGAAACCUGCGCCAACUGGUCCGAUUGGUUUGGAAGAUGUCAGCAUCCUUUCCGUCCAGAAAUCCAACUCCCAAAGCUAUUACGCAGGAAACAGCAACAACGGAUUUCAGCCAACUCGGCGGCGCAACGGAGCGUACUAUCGGGCCAACCUCGACUACGAAAUGAUGGGCGAGAGUGAUGAAAACUAUGACGAGAUUGGCGAUGCAGGGACGUUUGGAGGCCGGCUUGGAACCAGCAGGGUCAAGAAAGAUUUGACGAUCAAAGCGGAGGACAGUGCAAUACAGCAAGAUACGAAGGUGGAUGCUAGCUGAGUGACAAACUUUGUUUUUGUUUGGUAGCGAGUAGCUUUAGAACAAUUCAUCUGGUACCUAUCUCAUUCAACCAUUUCAUGUUAUUUAUUGUUGUUACUAAAUAAAAUAAAUCAAUCGUUUCGUUGUAACGUGGUCAAAUGAA